UUUUGCCAGCUACCGAAAGUCAAAUUGUGACUUAACUAAGUUGCCCUAGCCCAGACAGAUCACGAGACCGCCGAGUUCUAUUUCACUGGUUUCUGCCCAGCAAUUCUGAACCCCCCAACCAUACCAAAUGUACGAUAGCAAGGGCAGUGGCAGCACAGCGUUGAAGCGCUUGAUGACUGAAUACCGAGAGCUGACCCUCAAUGCACCAGAAGGAAUCAUGGCAGGCCCUGUAAGCGAAGACAACUUUUUUGAAUGGGAAGCCCUAAUUACCGGACCAGAAGGCACACCAUUCGAAGGAGGAAUAUUUCCAGCGACGCUCAAAUUCCCAAGAGAUUACCCUCUCAGCCCUCCCGUCAUGAAGUUCACCUGCGAUUUUUUCCAUCCCAAUGUAUAUCAGGACGGAACAGUAUGUAUAUCCAUCUUGCACGCUCCAGGAGACGACCCAAAUAUGUAUGAAAGCAGUUCAGAACGAUGGAGUCCUGUGCAGAGCGUCGAAAAAAUCCUUUUGAGUGUUGUCAGCAUGCUAGCUGAACCUAACGAUGAGAGUGGCGCCAAUAUUGAUGCUUGUAAAAUUUGGAGAUCUCAAAGAGAGCGUUAUAAUGAUAUUGUUCGUGCGAAUACCCGGAAGACGCUCGGCUUGUAGCUUGCUUGCUUAAAGUAAUUAUGAUAAUUUGUAAAUUGAAAAUUGAAAUAAGAAAAUCCCACUGCUGUAAACCACCAUAGUUGAGAGAACCUAACGUUAUAAAACUAGAGAGCCAUCGGUGACAACAUACGGUAUUGACUGUGGUG